AUGGUUGAAUAUAAUUUUUUAACACUUUCAUCUUUUGAAGAAACCAUUCAAGAAUGGUUGUCAUUUUCUACUGAUUCAAGCUAUAGAUACUCUGUAAGAAACCAUUAUCUUCUUCAGAAGAUUGGAGAUAGCUAUGUUGUAUUAAAGAAGUCUACAAGUUGUGGAAAUGGUGACAAGCCAUUAUUAGUUAAGGAAGACCUGUAUAAAGUUUUUUGUGAAGCUCACCUUGAAAACAAUCAUGGUGGGCAAUCUCAAACUUGGAAAAACAUUAAGAAAAAUUGGGAUGGUGUGAAGCAAGACUUGAUUGAGCAAUUGGUGAAAAAAUGUACAACUUGUGCAAGUAGGAGAAAUUCAGUAAAACCAAAUCUUGCUGCCAAGCCAAUCCUUGCAUCAGGAUUUAUGUCACGUCUCCAGGUUGACUUGGUUGAUUUUUCCUCUCAAGAAGAUAAUGGGCAUAAAUAUGUUCUGCAUGCCAAAGACCAUUUUACAAGAUUUUCAUGGGGAUACCCUAUGAAAACUAAAUCAUCAAAAGAAGUUGCUAACCAUCUAUUUGAUCUUUUUAUGAUAUUUGGUGCUCCAACUAUUUUGCAAAGUGACAAUGGGAAGGAGUUUAAAUCAAAAGAUAUUAUAAUUGAAUUAAAAAAUAUUUGGCCAAAUAUGAAGAUAAUUAAUGGACGCCCUAGACACCCACAAUCACAGGGGUCAGUUGAGUGUGGAAACCAGACUCUAAAAUACAAAUUGGGUGUCUGGAUGCAAGACAAUAAUUGUAGUGACUGGACAUUUGGUUUAAAAUUCAUUAUUCACAGUAUGAAUACUUCAGAAUCUGGUGCUACAAAAUAUACACCAUACAAUAUGGUUUUUGGCACAAAACACAAGGAAAACAGAAUUUAUGGUAGUGAGAAUAAUGGCAGAGAGAAUGAUAUUACUGUUGGUAAUACUGAUACUGAUAAUGCUGGAAAUAGUGAUGGAGAGGAUAAUAUUAAUGUUUAUGAUACUGACCUUAAAGAUGUUCUUGAUAUUCAUAAUAUUGAGAAUGUUGGUGGUAGUUUCAAUAAUAUGUUGAUUUGGAAUAAUUCAGAGGACUUUUUUAAUGUUAAAGAUGAUAGCAAUAAAAUUGAGGAUGAUGAAAGUGAUUCUAAAGUAGCAAAGCCACAACUAUGCAAAAGAAUAGAAGAUGAAUUGGAUUUUUUUGAAAAACCAGCAAGAAUUAAUCUUCCAUGGAAAGACAUUGUUCUCAAAUACCAGACACUCUUUGAACUACUUGAGACUGGAGGAGAGCCAAAAAUUACAGAAAAAGAUAUUUCUUCUGCAUUGAAAAUGUUGUAUACUAUAAGAAAUAAUAAAGAUUAUUUAAUUAGUGAAAUAGAAGUUUGGGAAAAAAAACUUAAAAG